AGUUCACCUUCACACUGUAUGUUAGUAGUUCCGAAGCAUUACUGAUCGAGUUGAGAUGAGAAAACCGACGCUGUCAUUAUUUUACUUCGGAUUGUGGGCUAGUUCGGUGCUGGUAUUGUGGCAGGGCGUGGAGUGCAAAAUUUAUUUGCGCUGCGAACUGGCCCGCAAACUACGCGAUCAGUAUAGUUUCGAUCGCAGUUUACUCUCCAAUUGGAUCUGUUUGCUGGAGCAUGAGAGCGAACUGGACACCACAAAGGAAACCCGUGAAGAGAACGGCUCCAUCAACUAUGGCCUUUUUCAGAUAAACAGCGCCUACUGUCAGGAGGCAAGGCCGGGCCGCUUCUGCAAUGUCGCCUGUGAAAAACUGAAGGGUGAUAAUCUGGCCGAGUCAGUGGAGUGUGCCAAAAAGAUACAAGCAGAGCGAGGCUUUCGAAAUUGGAAGGGAUGGAAGCGCUUCUGCAGUAAUCCACAGAACUUGCCCGAUCUAAAAGUUGCAUGUGGUAUUUGAGGCAUAAAUUCCUUAAGAUGGAGCUCGAAACAGUUUUCCUUGAUAUAUCACAUAUAUCACAUUAAAAAAUGCAUUUGGAAUAACUAUAAAACGCAAAAUUAUAAUCGUAAUACCAUGAUCUGAA